AUGAGUGCUUGCAGUAAGACCCUGACUGAGGGUACUUUGGCGAUAGGCCCAUUGCUGGCAGUAACAUGCUCUGGCGAUGGCCAACCCUCUGACCUUUGGCAGUGGGCCCAUUCUUUAUCUUACACUCUUGGUGGUGGGCCCACUGCUCAGAAGUACCCCUAUGGCGGUGGGCCCACUGCUCAGAACAUCACCUAUGGCAGUGGGCCCACUGCUCAGAAGUACCCCUAUGGUGGUGGGCCCACUGCUCAGAAUAACAUCUAUAACAGUGGGCCCACUGCUCAAAAGUACCCCUAUGGCGGUGGGCCCACUGCUCAGAACAUCACCUAUGGUGGUGGGCCCGCUGCUCAGAAGUGCCUCUAUGGUGGUGGGCCCAUUGUUAAAUAA